AUGCUGGACUCUACAAAUACCAGCUCUGCAGAACCAACGCUUAGCGACUUGGCCGCAUACCGACGACGGCCCAUGAUGUCGGUAGAGACUAACCGCUGCUCCAGCUCUCCUUCAUCACCAUUCUAUCCGCCCAAACUGGCUGCUCCUACCGACUCUUACUUUGGAUCUAGUAGCAAGCAAACUGAAAUUCUUGAAAAUUCAACUGGUCUUUGCCCGUCUUCAGACAAUUCCACUUGUACCUCUGAGUCGUACGAAUCUAUUCCGCUUCUACCUUCGCUAUCAUCUGUCGCAAACAUGGCCUACAAAUCAUUUAAUACAACUAGCACCACUAAUAAUACCCUAGCUGCAACAUGGUCGAUGAACGACACCUCUUCUCUCGACAAGUACUGUGCACGCCUAUCUGAUGACCCCACUUGCCCCUCCAUCCCAUCAAUUCCUGGCUAUUCAGUCUUAGACCCCAUUCGACCUCAUUACUCUCAAAGUGUCAGUAUGUACCGGGCGACUCACUUGGCUUCGGGCCAAAAAGUUUUUAUUAAGGCCUCCAACCGAGGAAAUCUUGACGACCUUAUCCGCAUUCGUCACGAAUGGAGCAUUUCAUCCGCUGUUCGCCAACCAUCUUCCCAAUUUGAAACCGAAUCAGAAAGCAUAAAUUCAAUAACGACCCAAUCCUUGGCCAAUAUCGAUGGUGUGCUCCGCUCAGAAUCAUGUACACGGUUCUCUUCAAAUUCCAGAGCAAUCUUUCUUACUUACCAUGACGCUGACCCUGGGCUCAUCACCCUUAGAGAAAAGUUCAUUUCAACUAAAGCGCCAGAAAAAUUACAAUCUGAAACAGAGCCCGUGCCACGCACCCAAGAGACAUUGGCCGAAAUCCUAGCCAUUGUUAUUCGCGUUGUCGAAAUCAUUACACAGACACAUUCACAAGGAAUCACACACAAUGGAUUAACAUCAUCUUCUAUUUUUGUGAGUCCUGAAAACAACUCGGUAUUUAUCUCUGACUGGGACUUUAGUUUUCCACUAAAAGCAGAGGAUACUUCUCACGGGUAUCGCAAAACUUAUCUUAACAAUAUUGCUGCGUGCCUGGGUUAUGUCUCACCAGAGACUACAGGCCUUAAUCACCGCCUUGUUGAUUAUCGUUCUGAUUUUUACUCCAUUGGAUGCAUUCUCUACGAACUUACUACUGGUUGCCUGCCUUUCACUUCCGAAGAUCCAUUUGAGCUUACUCGCAUGCACGUUUUGAGAACUCCAUCUCCCCCUCACUUGAUUGCACCAUGGGUUUCAGCACCUCUUAGUUCAAUUAUUCUCAAGCUCAUGGAGAAAAAAGCCGACGAUCGCUAUCAAACAUCGAAGCUGAUUUUAUCAGAUUUAACAUAUGCACUCAAUUCUUUGCAUCAGCAACCACAACACCACUCCUCAAACGAUUACGAGGAAUUUGUUCCAAAUGCAGUCCCGCAAGUUUCACAAAUCUUUCUGAUGCCCCAGGUUCUUUAUGGUCGUGAAAAUGAAAUCAAUCUUUUGCGUUCAUGCUACAAGCGAAAAGAGGAACGUGACUUUCAGUUUAUUUUCAUUAAUGGUGAACCGGGCUCUGGCAAAACUCGUCUGGUCAACGAACUUGAACGAUCUUCGUUAUCCCGAAAUGCUUUUUUUUGCUCUUCGAAGUUUGAUCCAUAUCAGCGCGGGCCACCAUUUUAUAGUAUUGUCACUGUACUAAAAGAGAUUGUUCACCAGAUUCUUUGCGGAUCUGUCCAGUCAAUCACACGCUGGCGCGACAAUAUUCUUUCAAAUCUAAAAGUUGAGCUUGCAGUACUCUUUGAACCUAUCCCCGAGCUUCGCUACCUUCUAGGCCACGAAUACUCUAAACUUCUUCCUACCCCACGUCAUCUAGGCCCUGUUCCGCGCGAACUGCGCUUCAAGUACGUUGUAAAGAGUCUUUUUUGUCUUUUUGGCUCUCAGGGACUUACCAUCUUUCUUGAUGACGUUCAAUGGUGUCCCCAAACAGAGCUUGACUUUUUCCAUGAGCUUGCUACGUUUGCUAUUGAAAACUUUGGCUCUACCAAUGGUAUCCACAUUAUUUUUGUAUGUGCAUUUACACUCGAUUCUCCACGCUACCAUGAACUUGUCGGUCUCGCUAAAGAUUUGAGCCUUCAUUAUGAAGUUGUCAACCUUGAACCUCUUGGAUUUAAUGCCGUCCAGCACAUGCUUAAUGACACGUUAACAACAUGCACAGCCUCGACCAAAAAUAUUCAGACAAGUGGGAGUGGAGGUACAGCUAAUGGAGGAGGAGUAGUAGGGGCUGGAAAUUCCCAAGAUCACAAACCUUCUUCUAUGAAACUAGGAUCUAGCACAGCAGACGCAAUUUCUUCAUCAUCCACGGCAUCUGCAUCUGUGAAUUCCUUAGACUCUGGCAACGGUAGUGGAUGUAAUACAUCACCAGUUCUGGCCUCUAGUGUUGGGCUUGCGACUGCUGUUACGGGACUUUCCUCAAAAGACCCCUACUAUUUCUUUUCUUCUAAUGUGGAGCCUCAAGUCAGCUCUUUAUCCCAAAUUGUUUACAAUGUCACAAACGGGAACCCACUUUUUAUUACACUCAUUCUAAAUUAUAUGAAUCGAAACAAGCUGUUAUACUAUGACGAAUCCAACAGGUCUUUAGGCGGCCGUUGGAAAGUUGAUUUUGAAAGUUUUCAACCUUCGGACCUCCCCCAAUCGAUUACUUCUAUCGUUAUUGAAACAGUCAAUAAGCUUCCUCAAAACACUAUAACUAUUCUUAAGUAUGCUGCAUGCAUUUGUAGCAACUCAUUUACUCUCGAAGAUUUGGCUAUAAGUGCUGGGGUUUCUUUUUCUGAGGCAGCGCAAGCCCUAAAUCAUGCCCUUGAAGGCCAGCUCAUUAUGCCAACCACAAUUCAGUACAAAUUUCCCUUUCUUGACCCUGUUGGCACUACAAAUAUCGAAAUUCAGGGGGAAGAAAUUCGAUCUGUUGCUGCAUCCGCCACCUAUAGGUUUUUCCACGACUUGGUUCAGCAAGCUGUUUAUUCUCUUUUGUCAUCCGAAGAAGCCAUUGAAACUCAUCGGUCUAUUGGUAUGCGUCUUCUUGACCCAAGCAAUAAUAGCACCAUCAUAACAUCUCAGUGUCUUCCAAAGCUACCUCAGCAACACGACGUUCACAAGAUUAUUGAGAUUGCAAAUCAACUCAAAAACGCUACUCCCAUUGUCACAGACUCUGAGCGCUACAUUUAUCUUUCGUCAGCUGUACAAGCUGGUGAUGCAGUCUAUGCCAUGUCUGACUUUGAUAUGGCCUACUCGUACUUUGACACAGCUCGCCAGAUUCUCCCUCCAAACGCACAAGAAACAUAUCCAGCAUAUUUUAAACACAUUUAUCUUAGUUUGGUUGAGCUGCAGUAUAACCGUCGUAAUUUCCAUGAAUGCUUGAACCUUAUUGACAAAGUGUUUGACAAGUUUUCUGAAAAUAUCGAUAAAGCUGCGCUUCUUCGUACCCAGACGAAGGCAGAAUAUGGUCUCUAUCGACCAAAGGCUGCCAUAACUACAGGAAUCCGUGCUCUUAAUUUACUUGGUUUCCCUAUGCAAGAAGAUGAGGAAUGGAACGCCAAAAAUCAUGCAAAAAUUAGACAUCAUAUUCCUUUAACAUUUACCGAGAUACGCGGGCUUGUAAACCAAGCACCAGCCACGGACCCAGCUUUAAUUCUAGCACAAGAAAUCAUUUCAAUCAUGACAGUUCCCAUCAUCUUGUCAUACCGACCUCAUCUAUUCCGGUCUUUGAUCUACACAUCUGUGGUGGGGUUUGUUGAUCAUGGCGCAACAGCCUCAUGUUCUUUUUCAUUGCUUUCAUUAGCAUCGCUAUUUCAGCGUGCAGGUGAAAAUACAAACCUUCUCAGAGCUUACGAAUAUUCUAAACUAGCCAUAGUUACGCUUGAACACGACAAUGCAGUUGGUCUUGACUUUGGCAUUAAUAUUUAUGAGUAUUAUGCACUUACCCUUGCCAUUUACUUUGAGCCACUUUCUGAAGUCAUUAGAUACUAUGACUUAGUUUUAUCAUCAGGUCAAACUUUUGAUAAUCACUGUGGUAUGCUAAGUUUAUCAUAUGAUUUGAGACCAUUAUGCAAGUUUCUUGCGGCUGAACCUCUUUCAGGGGUCUUGUCUUACUUUGAGCAAAUGAGACCGGUUAAUCUUGAAAAUACAGACAAUGUUGGGAAAUUGUGGAUUCAGUUACACUCUCAAGCUGUUGCUAAUAUUAUGGGCAUUGGUAACAGUGACCCAUGUGUUUUUUCCGGUUCUUACAUUGGUGAUCCUAAUGAGACAACAAAUGUACUCAACUCUAACUAUGAGCUCAAAUAUGUCUAUUAUGUUGUUAAGCUUAUAUUAGCAGUGGUUCAUCGCCAAAAAUAUCUGGCUGCAGACAUUAUCUGCGUCAAACUGCCUAAGGUCAUGUCAGAAUUCCCAGUGACAUUAUACCACGUUAUUGUCACCUUUUUUGGUGCACUGGCAAUCAUUGAUAAGGAUUCACGUACAGAACAAGAGAUGGAACUUCUCAACCAAUUUUCAAGAGACCUUGAGGAUUGGUCACAAACCAACCCUAGCAUGUUUAUGCAUAAACAUUUGCUCGUACAAGCUGAAAUUCACAAAAACUCUCAAAAUAGUAUCAUAACUUUGGAUACCUAUGAGGAAGCUAUUGCUUAUGCGAUCAACGAAGGGUUUAUUAAUGAUGCUGCGCUUAUCAACGAAAGAUGUGGUGAUUAUCUUUUACAACAUUCAAGACGACGAAGCAUGUCAUACUUUAGGGAAUCUGUUCGAUUGUAUACAUUAUGGGGAGCACACAAACGAGCUUCUCAAAUCACGGCAAAAUUUCAUGAUUUACCGAACUUGCACUUGUCCAACUCGAUGAUUGAUAUUGCUUCGGCACCGAUUACAUCUGUGGAAAAUGUUCCUAGGCCUGGAGUUGCAAGGCAGCAUGGCCGGCAAAUAAUAUUAAAUAACAGCAGCGCAAAUACACACUCAUCAUCGCCUCUUCGCUGGAUUUUGUCUAAUUUAUUUCGUGAAGAUGAAAGCAGCUCUAGUAAUGGAGAUAAUGUUUCCGAUACUAAACGCAAGAAAAAUUCGCUAACCAUAUCAGAAGCCGAAUGCAAUACUUUGUUGCUUCAGCCAACGACACCAACAACAGUGACAACUUUUUCUGCAGCAGCAGCAAUUUCAGCUCAAAGCACCCCAACAUACAAGGGUACCUCUUCCGACCUCAUUCCACUGGCUGCCAUGACAAGAUAUGGAAAUAGUGCUGGGAACUAUUCGUCACCUUCAGGUAGUGGCCGUGAUUCUGAGAAUGGAGAUUUAGAGUUAAAGACAGCGCUGCAAUACUGCUUAGAUAUUUCUGAGGCUAUUGAGGUAGAUAGUGUUUUGGAAAAGUUUGUCAAUAGUGUGAUGAAGAGUUCUGGCGCUGAUUAUUGUGUCUUUGUGACGCUUGAUGUGGACGAACCAUACAUUGAAGCCAUUGGCAUUUUGAACGGUAUAACACUUUAUAAUCACCGCCCUGUUAAUGGUCGGUUUGACGUUCCACUUUCUGUUAUUUUCCAAGUAUCAAGCUCAGGUCAGCUUGUAUCGCGAGGGAAAAGCAGUAAAACACAUAGUGACAAGCAGUUUGAGCUUUUGUUUGGUCAUGAUACUUACUUUCAAACACGUCAUUCCAAGUCGAUUUUAUGCAUGCCUAUUCAGAAUCAGCUUAAAGUCAUUGGCGUUUUGUAUAUUGAGCACCAGUCACUUGACGACAUUUUUACACGGCCACGAAUCGAGUUGCUUGGACUUCUCUGUACACAAGUCGUUAUGUCGCUAGAGAAGGCCAAGUUAUAUCAUCAAAUGGAGGUUGCCAAAAAGACGGCUGAAGAAGCCACUGAAGAAAAGGCCAGUUUUUUGGCAAAUAUGUCACAUGAAAUUCGGACGCCGUUUAAUGCAUUAUUAUCAUGUUCCAUUUUCUUGCUUGAUACCAAACUCAGCGAAGUUCAACGCGAGUAUGUUGAAAUUAUUCGCAGCUCGGCCAUGUUGACGCUCAACAUUAUUGAUGCAAUUUUAGCCUUUUCCAAGAUUGAACAUGGCUCAAUAACUCUUGAUAAUGCACCAUUUUCACUACGUGAAUGUGUUGAGAGUGCCAUUCAGUUAGUUGCGGAGCCUGCAGCCACCAAAGAUUUGGAGCUUGUUCAUCUGAACAAGUGUGGAGACAUUGACAUAGUAUAUGGAGAUGUAACUCGCGUACGACAAAUCAUCAUUAACUUGGUUGGUAAUGCAGUUAAGUUUACGUCUGCAGGCUACAUUGUUGUUGAAACACAAGCGGAAAAAGUAUCUUCGGACAACCGUUACGGAUUUGUUAUUGCAGUCAAAGACACAGGGAUUGGAAUUCCCAAAUCAGCCCGAGGUAAAAUCUUUAGGGCUUUUAGCCAGGUUGAUGGAUCUUCUCGUCGGCUUUAUGGCGGAUCUGGGCUUGGCUUGGCUAUUAGUAAGAAACUAGCAGAGCUUAUGGGUGGGUCACUUACAUUUGAGAGCAAUGUUGAGGAUGCUACAGAUAGCCUUAGUGCGGGAAGCACGGAUGCUAGCACUAGUAGUAGCUGCAGCACUAGUCGGAACGGAAGUCGAGUUGCUAUUGAAACGGCGGAGUCUGGUGAGGUUUCACAUCAGCAGCAGCAGCAGCAUCAGCAGCAACAACAUCCAUCACCCCCACUGCCACAAAAGUUAGCCAAUAGCAAUGGUGGUACUUUUAGCUUUGAGUCUGAUCGGACUACUGGGGCAGGAACUACGUUUUGGUUUGAUUUUGUUGCUGUAGCACAAAAGCCAGAAGAUGAAGAGAAGGAAACUAAGGCGAUGCAUGAAGCAUUUGAAGGGAAACGGGUACUUGUUGUUGAUCCGUUUGAAAAGGCCAAAGAAUCACUUGUUUUUGAGCUUGAGCGUGUUGGACUUGAAGUUGAAUGUUGUGGCAACUACAAAGAGGCCAUUGCGCUGGUUGCAUUGGCCAUGUCGAGAAAAGAGGAGAUUUACUACUCUCUUGUGUUUAUGAAUGGGCGAUUUGUGAAUGCUGAAUGCAAGCAAAUUGUUGAAAUUCGUGAAAAAAGUCCUCAGACCCAGGUGGUAUUUAUGACGACAUUUGGUGCACCUAUUCCAGAGGAUGGUAAAGAAAAGGGGAUUGCUGCUAUUCUUAUGCGGCCUGCUCAACGCCGGAGGUUGUUGGAUAUUGUACAAGGAGCUCUUAAGUUUAGUGGGGUUGGGGAGAAUUCUAGAUCAGGAACGGAUGGAGUUGUUUGUCUAGAGUAUCAAAUUGGUGGAGAUGGAGGUGAAGAAGAUUGUGAUGAAGGGGUAGAAAGUAAGGUUGAAAGUGGGGAUGUUAAUGGAAUGGAUAUGAAUGGAGAGGAAGAGGGUGGAUUCUAUAAGAUGCCUAACAAUACAAGUUUGACUAACUUGGAACAUUUGCAUACCGAGGCAGACGAUAUGAUUCGACCCUCGAAGCCAUUAGAACGGCUUAUUACGGAUUCCAAGGCGGUAUCAGCAAGCCGGUCUACUAAUAAUGGCAAUGGCAAUGGCAAUGGUAACAGGAGUAGUGGUGGUAGAAGCAAUAGCAGCGGCAAUAGCAGUAAUUGGCAGUCGUUAUCUACGAGCCAUCCUCUAAAAAUUCUUUUAGCUGAAGAUAAUCCGAUCAACACUAGGGUUGCAUUACAGCAUUUGAAGCGAAUGGGGUAUGCGGCGGAACAUGCCAAGGAUGGUGUAGAGGUUGUUGAGAAGUGCAUUGAGGAGAUUUCAUGUGGUCGAAGCAUGUAUGAUUGUAUUUUCAUGGACAUUCAGAUGCCACGGAAGGAUGGGAUUGCGGCAGCACAAGAGUUGAUGAGUUUAUACCCUGAACAAGAGCGGCCUGAAAUCAUUGCAUUGACAGCGAAUGCUGCUGGAGAGGAUCGACAAAACUGUUUAGCAGUGGGGAUGACUAACUACAUUGCCAAACCCAUUUUGCCAGCAGAUUUGGCGCGUGUACUUUUGGGGGUUGUUCCAUUACACAAGCGAGUCCAGGGUUCUGAGGGAUAUAUCAAUGGAGAUGAUAAAACUAAGGAAUGA